GUACGUGCGUGAGACUAUUUAGUUUUAGUUUGGUCUUCCACGCGUAACGGUUCAACAUGGUAAAAUUCGAACUCUUCGCUUUGAUCUGCUUGCUAGGUGUUGCAAUCAGCCUAGCUGUUCCAACCACACGUGUCGUGGGUGGUGACGAGGCCUACGAAGGACAAUUCCCACAUCAAAUCUCUUUGCGGCGCAGCGGCUCACACACCUGCGGCGGCUCGAUACUUAGUCGGUACUACGUGUUGACCGCGGCACAUUGUGUUGGUACCAUCGAUGCACAGGGCAACUAUUCCACUUAUGAUCCCUCCUUGUUUACGGUGCGUGCCGGUUCCACGGAUCGUCUGCGUGGUGGCGUUUUGGUGAAUGUGCAAUCGAUCCUUACACAUGAGAAUUACGGCAAUUUCUUGAACGAUGUUUCGCUACUGCGUCUCAGAAAUCCUUUAAUAUACUCGCAAAAUAUCCAACCCGCCCGUUUGGCCACGAAGGAGGUACCCGCCGGUGAACCAGUUAUCAUUUCUGGUUGGGGUCGCGUAAAGCAAGGUGGUGAUAUUCCACAGAAGUUGAAGUGGAACACCUUGUCUGCCAUUUCACGUAGUGAAUGCAGGGCGGCCAUAAACUGGGAUAGCGAUGCGCUUAUCUGUUUGGCCCAUGCUCCAAAUAAUGGCGCCUGCAAUGGUGACUCAGGCGGUCCGGCUAUGUACGAGGGUGAGGUCGUCGGUAUUGCUGGCUUCGUUUAUGGCGGCUGUGGUACCGGCAAUCCCGAUGGUUAUGCUAAGGUCUACUACCAUGUGAAUUGGAUUAAACAACAUGCUGAAUUGUAGAUGUAUUGAUACUAAUUCAAAUAUAUUUACUUGCUAACCGUAA